UAUAAAUAUUCAUGUAAAAUACAUUAUCCUAUAAUACAUUUAAAACCUUCUUUAUUUCAUUCACAAGAAGGAACAAGUGUUUGUUGUGUUUCUCCAAUGACUUCUUCGUUCUUGAUCCAUUUCAUUCUAUUCUUUACUUUGUGCUUCAAAGCAAAGGCUGUGAUAAAGCUUCCUCCAAAUGUUACAGUUCCAGCAGUGAUAGCAUUUGGAGAUUCAAUCGUUGACUCAGGAAACAACAAUCACCUCAAAACUUUGGUCAAAUCUAACUUCCCUCCUUAUGGCAAAGAUUUUCAAGGUGGUGUUCCAACUGGUAGAUUUUGCAAUGGAAAAAUUCCUUCAGACAUUCUAGCUGAAGAAUUGGGUAUCAAGGGGUAUGUACCUGCAUAUUUGGAUCCAAAUCUCAAAUCAACUGAUCUUCUUACGGGCGUAGGGUUCGCCUCCGCAGCAUCAGGAUACGAUCCAUUGACACCACAAAUUGCGUCGGUGAUACCGUUAUCGACUCAACUAGACAUGUUCAAAGAAUACAUAGGAAAGCUGAAAAACAUGGUUGGAGAAGAAAGAACAAACUUCAUCCUAACCAAUAGUCUUUUUGUUUUGGUGGGAGGUAGUGAUGACAUUGCCAACACAUAUUUUAUUGCUCAUGCAAGAUUACAAUAUGACAUUCCUGCUUACACUGAUCUUAUGUCCAACUCAGCCACUAAUUUUGUAAAGGAAAUAUACAAACUUGGAGCUAGAAGAAUUGCUGUACUAGGUGCACCACCAAUAGGAUGUGUGCCAUCACAAAGAACUCUUGCUGGAGGGAUAGUAAGAGAAUGUGCAGAAAAAUAUAAUGAUGCAGCAAAGUUAUUCAAUCUCAAACUCUCAAAGGAGCUUGAUUCUCUAGGUCACAACUCACCUAAUAGCAAGAUAGUUUACAUUGAUGCUUACAAUCCUCUACUUGAUAUCAUUCUCAAUUAUCAAAAAUAUGGGUUCAAAGUUGUGGAUAGAGGUUGUUGUGGCACAGGGAAACUAGAGGUUGCAGUGCUAUGCAAUCCUUUUGAUACUACUUGUUCUGAUGCUUCUGAAUAUGUGUUUUGGGAUAGUUACCAUCCUACUGAAGGAGCUUAUAGAAAGCUAGUAGAUGCGAUUCUUCAAGAAUCUUUCAGCAGAUUGUUAUAAUGAGUUUGUCAAUUUAAUUGUUGGAUUUUGCAGUCAAAGAAUCCAAUUUCUUGUUUGUCUGGGGAUUAAGAUGAUUGAUUGUUUCAAGUAUUAGUACUUACUAUCUAUUUAAAAGUUGAUUUUUGGGAGGUUUUAGUGGAAAAAAAUUUAAAGGAUUGUGUCUGUAUCUUAAAAUAUAUGAUAUUUUUAUAAAAACAAUA